UGCUACUCUUUUCCUAAGCCUUCCCCUUGCAACUCAUACUCUUCUUCUGAGGUGCUGCUCGUUAAAUUUACGAGAUCUCAGUUAAAAUCAGUUUUCGAACCCUCUUAUAACAUACACUACAUAUUUCUUACAUAUGUUUUCCUUGAAUAUUUCUGGCAGAGACUCUGCUGGUUCUUCACCGUCUGGCAACAACCCGAGAGUAGUUAUCGGUGAGUUGGACUUGUUUUCGAGCAAGAAAACGAACGAUAAUUAUGAUCAUAGUGUUCAUUAUCCUGUGAUGGAUAGUAGUAUUGACGUAGCUAUGAAGCAUGAGAAAUCACGCAGUGAGGCUCAACUGGAUGUAAAUACGAGAUUGCAUCUACUGACUGCUAACCCUGGAAGUGAUCAAUCAAUGGUGGAUGAUGGGGUUUCAUCCUCCUUGGUCGACGAAGAAGCUAAAAAUAAGCUACUGCGCAUACAAUCUGAGCUUGAACGGAUGAACACCGAAAACGAAAGGUUGAGAGGGAUGGUUAGUCAUGUUACUAAUAAUUAUGCUGCACUUCAGAUGCAUAUUGUCACGGUAAUGCAACAACAAAAUGCAAGAGCUGAAACAACACCAGAACAGCAGAUUGGCGAAGAAAAAACACAAGACAGGAACGAUGGAAGUGGUGAUCAUCAAGGACAUAUAGUACCUAGACAGUUUCUUGAUCUAGGACCCAGCCGCGGUGACAAUCAAUCUCAUUCUUCAUCUGAACAAAGAACACAAUCUGGAUCGGACAUUAAUAAUGUUGAAUUAAACAAUGGCAAUAGAAUUCAUGCUGCUGGUAAAAGAAUUGAUAGAGAAGAUAGUCCACAUCCAGAAAGUUGGAAUUCAAACAAAGCUCCCAAAAUAAUUGCUUCGUCUAAUUCGACUUCCAACGCUGUUGAUCAAGUCACUGAAGCUACGAUGAGAAAAGCCCGUGUGUCGGUUCGAGCUCGAUCCGACGCUCCAAUGAUUACUGAUGGUUGUCAAUGGCGCAAAUACGGUCAGAAGAUGGCCAAGGGAAACCCAUGUCCACGAGCUUAUUAUCGGUGCACAAUGGCUGGUGGUUGCCCCGUACGCAAACAGGUUCAAAGGUGUGCUGAGGAUAGGACCAUACUAAUAACAACGUACGAAGGUGCACACAACCAUCCACUUCCUCCUGCCGCAAUGGCAAUGGCAUCAACCACCUCCGCGGCAGCCAAUAUGCUGCUUUCGGGAUCCAUGUCGAGUGGUGAAGGAAUCAUGAACCCAAAUCUACUAGCUAGGGCCAUUCUGCCAAUGUCAUCAUCAAGCAUGGCAACCAUCUCAGCUUCGGCUCCAUUUCCAACCGUCACAUUAGACUUGACACAGUCCCCCAACCCUUUACAAUACCAAAGACCCUCAUCCCAGUUUCAAGGCCCAUUCCAAGCUGCACCUCCUCAACAAAACUUCGUUGGGCUCUCACCAAGUCCACAAGUAUUCGGGCAUCCCGUUUACAAUCAAUCCAAAUUCUCUGGUCUGCACGUUUCAUCGCAAGAUAUGGCCGGAUCAAAUCAUUUACAAGCCCAAGCCCAAGCCCAUCAUCCCCCGCCACAGUUUCACCAAUCACAGCCGCAAACUUCAUUUGAAGAUACUCUCAGUGCUGCCACUGCUGCCAUCACCACCGACCCGAAUUUCACCGCUGCGCUAGCUGCCGCGAUAUCGUCGAUGAUGGGUGGAAGUACUGGUCAUCAUAAUAACAGCAACUGAGAAUAGCAGAAGAAGUUUCAGUGGAAAUAUUGCACAGAACUUAGUUUUUGUACUUGAAAAGAAUUAUUUCAUUUUUGUUUAAAUAUUUAAUGCCUCGUCCUGUUGAUAUUCAAUGUCAUUUCAUUCAUUUUCAUGCUAUGUUUAGAAAAAACAUUUUUAUACUAUUUUUAUGCUGGUGGUGGCGUUAUAUGGGCAA